AUGACGGUACACCGUGUGUUGUUUUUUCUUGCUUUACUUGUGAGUGUUGAGUGUCUCUAUAUGGCAGCUGCAGAGGCUCUAGCUGAACUUCAGGCUGAUUCCACUUGCCAAGGAGGUGAAGGUGGUAGUUGUCCUUCUGGUGCUACUGUUCUUCCCAGGGAAACUGAUGGUGGUGUUGAAGCUGAUCGAGAAGAUACUACUGAUUCACCGUGUACUACUAGCGGUACUGCACCUGACUCUGCUAACGCUGAGUGUGUGAAACCUCCUGGGGCGGAGAGUUGCCCUUCUGGUAAGUCUUCUUGUCCACCUACACCGCAGGUACCGACUCCAAGUCCAAGAGCAGAACAUGAGCUGAACGCUGUAAAUACUGAUCAUCGCCCUCAAGGUCAACUCGGUGAAAACAGUGAUAGAGGUGUUGGUCCUCUUGGUCCUCCUUCGGCUCCUGCACCUCCUACUGCUCCUAAGGGUAGUGUUGAUCCAACAGGUAAAAAUAAUGUUGGACCAGGAGUCGUUGGUGCCCCUGCUGAGCAAGUACCUCCGGAAAAACAAGGUGAAGGAGGUUCUACUGGUGGUGCUGCUGGUAGUACUAAUCUCCCUGCUAGUGAACGUGAACUUGGAAGCGGUGAAGAAAGAACAACAGGUGAAAGUGCAGGUAAAGGGGAGGGUGAAGAAGCGCAACCUUCUCCUUCUCCCGACAAUUCAAACCAAGAAAGUGCAGGUGAUAAUAAUGCAAACGCUGGGAAUGGCACUAAACCUGCAGAAGGUGGGUCACCAAGUAACCAAGAAGGUGAUGUGGGUAAUACAGAUACAACCACCACCACCACUACCACAACAACACUUCCUCCUGAACUCACAAACAACAAGAAGGGUGAUGCAGACAGCAGCAGCAGCAGUAUCAGUAGUUCUAUGUGGGUGCGUGUACCACUACUGAUUGUAAUUACACUGGCCUGUAUUCUUGUUGUGUGCUGA